CGGGCCGCGCCGGGCCGGGCGGGCGCUGCUGCCGCCCUCCCUCGGCACGGGGCCGAGCCGGGCCGAGCCGAGCCCAACCGGGCCGGACUGCGCUGAGCCGAGCCCAGGAGCCCGACCCGACCGUGCCGAGCGCGGCCGAACCGAGGCCGCCGAACCGAGACGAACCGAGCCGAGGAGCCGAACCUAGCCGAACCGAGCCGAGUCGAGGAGCCGAACCGAGCCGAACCGAACCGAGGAGCCGAACCGAGCCGAGGACGAGCAGAACCGAGUGGAGCCGAACUGAGCCGAGGAGCCGGGCCGAGCGCAGCCGAACCGAUCCGAGCGGGACUGGGCCGAGCCGAGCCGAGCGCAGCCGAGCGAGGCCGAACAGAGCCGAGCGCAGCCGAGCGGAGCCGAACCACUUCGUUUCCUCGCCGUUCCCCAGGGGGUGAUCUCCGUGCCAGGCGGGCUCGUGGCUCCCAGCCCCGUGUGCCACCAUGGCGUCCCGCAUCGGGCUGCGGAUGGAGCUGAUGAAGCAGCAGGCGCAGCAGGAAGCGGAGCGGGAGCGGGUGCAGCAGCAGAUGAUGAUGAGCUACAUGCAGCAGCAGCGCAUGCCCGUGGCCUCCAGCCCCGCCAUCAACACCCCCGUCCACUUCCAGUCCCCACCGCCCGUGCCCGGAGAGGUCCUCAAGGUCCAGUCCUACCUGGAGAACCCCACCACCUACCACCUGCAGAAGUCUCGGGACAAGAAGGUCCAGGCUUAUCUCUCCGAAACCUACGGGAACAAGUUCGCCGCCCACGUCAGCCCCGCCAGCCACUCCCCCAAGCCACCCCCGGCCGCGUCCCCCGGCGUCCGGCCCGGCCAUGUCCUGUCCUCCUCGGCGGGCAACAGCGCUCCCAACAGCCCCAUGGCCAUGCUCAACAUCGGCUCCAACCCCGAGCGGGAGUUCGAUGAGGUCAUCGAUGACAUCAUGCGCCUGGAUGACGUUUUGGGCUACAUGAACCCUGAAGUCCACAUGCCCAACACGCUGCCCAUGUCCAGCAGUCACAUGAAUGUCUACAGUGGGGACCCACAGGUGACGGCGUCACUGGUCGGUGUCACCAGCAGCUCCUGCCCCGCCGACCUCACCCAGAAGAGAGAGCUCACAGAUGCUGAGAGCAGAGCCCUGGCCAAGGAGCGCCAGAAGAAGGACAAUCACAACCUGAUCGAGAGGCGGCGAAGGUUCAACAUCAACGACCGCAUCAAGGAGCUGGGAAUGCUGAUCCCCAAAGCCAACGACCUGGACGUGCGCUGGAACAAAGGGACAAUCCUGAAGGCGUCCGUGGAUUACAUCAAGAGGAUGCAGAAGGACCUGCAGAGGUCCCGGGACCUGGAGAAUCACUCGCGGCGCCUGGAGAUGACGAACAAGCAGUUGCUGCUCCGCAUCCAGGAGCUGGAGAUGCAGGCACGUGUCCAUGGGCUGCCCACCUCCUCGCCCUCGGGCGUCAACGUGGCCGAGCUGGCUCAGCAGGUGGUCAAGCAAGAAGCCAGCGGGGACGAGGGGACCCUGGAGCCACUGCUGCCACCCCCAGACCCCGAAUCGCAGCCGCAGCCGGCGCUGCCCGCGCCGCCCCAGUCUCCCUAUCACCAGCUGGACUUCACCCACAGCCUGAGCUUCGACGACGGCUCCCAGGGCUUCCCAGACAGCCUGGAGCCCGGGCACAGCGCUUCCUUCCCAUCCCUAUCCAAGAAGGAGCUGGACUUGAUGCUGAUGCAGGACACCAUGCUGCCCCUUGCCUCUGACCCCUUGUUCUCAGCCAUGUCCCCGGAGGCCUCCAAGGCCAGCAGUCGCCGGAGCAGCUUCAGCAUGGAGGACGCGGACAUGCUGUGAUGGGGAGCUGCUGGGGCAGGGGCUGCAGCCCCAGCUUUGGGUGGGCGAGUCCCAGGACGCUCCUGGCAGGAGGAGCCCGUCCCACCGUGCACUUGAAUCUUCCCAGGAGUACCUUUCUCUAUGCAACGGGGCUGGGGUCGGGUGCCGCCGUGUCUUUCGCAGCUUCUUUUUGCCGGGAGUGGGAAUGGACCUUCCUGGCUUUGCCGUGGCGUUGGCCUGACUGCAGAUUCCACAGCCUGGAAGCGAGAUCUCAGCUGCUUUGCCUUUCAGCAGGACCCUCCUGGCCUCACCCCCUUCCCUGGGGUGAUGCCUCGGAGCCUUGAGGCCCCGGGAGCAGAGGGACAGUGCCGCGAGCUUUGUGUCCGGUUUGGUGUCUCCUCGCCUUGCUCUGGGAUCCUUCACCCCACCGAGUCUUCCCCAGCCCCUGGACACUUCCCAGUCCAUCCAGUUCCUCCUUCCUGGGAGCACCCGCUGCCUCUGGGCUCACAGGAGGGUGACAAGGUGUUAAUUAGCGCAUGUUCAUUAACAGGGCACCCUGUUGUCUGCAGGUGGGUGUUGAAGGCAUCCAGAACAUGUGGGAUGGGGGGUUUGAUGCUCCAGCGACCCCCUGUAGUCACCCCCACCUUGUGGGGCAGCACCCACCACCCCAGAACCUCUGGGCAAGGCUGCCAGGUGACCCUGAGCCCCCUGGAGAUGUCUGUGCCCCGUGACACCGAGCCCCGGGAGGAUAAAAGGGUUUUUGGGGGAUACUUCUUGCAAGUCCUGCCGGGCUGUGACCAGGGAUUGGUUUGUGCCAGCUGCCAAACCUGAGCUGCUGCUCCCAGCUUGGAAUUCGGGGGUUGUUUCUCUUCCCAGUGUCACCAGUUUGUUCCCCAGCUCUGCACUGGGGAGCUGCUUUGGGCUCCUCAGACUUCCCGAUCCAGCUGGAGGCUGGGAGGGAGCUGGGAAGGGCAGGGGGAUCACAGGGAAAAUCCUCCGGGGAUUUAUCAAGGGAGGGGAGGGAAGCUGGAGAGGAGACCCAACCCCUUGGCCAUUGUCCCCCUGGGCUGUGGGUGCUCCUGUGGGGCUGGGGGUCACUCUGUGCCCCCCAUCCUGCUCCUGGAUGUCCUGGGGGGCUGGAUUUGGGAUUGGAGGUGGGGAACAGCCCUGGAGAGGGGCCUGAGGGACGUGAGGGUGCGGGGAAGUGUGGAAGGCGGGGAGGAAGAGGGAGGAGGAGGAGUUGGAGCAGGAGCUGAGGGACACUGGGUGAGCAGAGAGGAGCUCCAGGUGCUCACCUGGAGAAGAGAAGGAUCCAGGAGACCCCCGAAGGGCUCUGAGCUGGAGGCUGGGGGUGUUCACAGGAGGCCUUGGCACCCUUUCCGUGCUGCCAUCAGUGCCUGGAAAGAGAAUUGUCCCCUCCAGGGCCACCCGGGGCCGUGCUGGGGACCUGUGGGAGUGGGAGAGCCUCGGAUCUGUGCCCUCCUGAGGAGCUCCAGGGCAGGAGCACAAAAUCCCACGGGAAAUUGGGAUUUUUGUGGCUUUAGGGUGCCCUUGGGCACUGCUCAGCACGAGAUGUCUCCCCUGGCUGUGAGUAAACAGUUGUGGAUUAUAAUUACAAUAUUUUUUUUUUAAUCUUUUUGGGAGUUUUGUUUGUUUUUCUUUUUUUUUCUUUUUUUUUUUUUUUUUUAAUGCACUGUGCUCUGAUUAAAAAAUUUUACUACUGUUUUAUAAAUAAAUGUAUAAAAGAAUGAACUGGAAUGGAAGAAGAAUCAUUAAAAAUAUAUUUAUUUACAACAUC